AUGUCUGAUAGUUCGGAUCAGCUGUCACCACCGACUAGCAGCGAUUGUAAUAGUCAAAUGGGUAGUGGUGUUCAUAGGAACACCGUUACCGGACAAUACAUCAAUUCAUCGUUGUCGGCCCUUAGUUUGGGCCAUCAUCCACAAGCACAAAAUUUAACGCCCACGUCGUCUGACGGUAGCCCACAAUAUCCCCAAGAAUUGUCCACCUGCAAUAGUACAACGAAUGUAUCUACUAUUGGAAAUAUCGGUGGAUUAUCAGUGGGUACUACUACGAUCACCAAUUUUACACCCGAACAGAUUUCCUGUAUGUGCGAAGCCCUGUCGCAGAGCCAGGACAUCGACAAAUUAGCUAGGUUUCUUUGGUCAUUACCGCAAGGUGAAUUGAUGCGUGGUAACGAGAGCGUAUUAAUGGCACGAGCAGUCGUAGCAUUUCAUCGUGGUUCCUAUCAUGAACUCUACAUGAUCUUAGAAAGUCAUCCAUUUUCACCGAGACGUCAUCCAGAAUUACAACAAAUGUGGUACAAAUCGCAUUACUGCGAAGCCGAAAAGAUUCGUGGUCGUCCAUUGGGUGCAGUUGACAAGUAUAGAUUAAGAAGGAAAUAUCCAUUACCAAAGACCAUCUGGGACGGUGAAGAGACUGUUUAUUGUUUCAAGGAACGUGCUAGAACAGCCUUGAAAGAAUGUUAUACAAGAAACAGGUAUCCUACACCAGACGACAAGAAAAAUUUAGCAAAGAAGACUGGAUUAACAUUAACCCAAGUUUCUAAUUGGUUUAAAAACCGAAGACAAAGGGAUCGCACGCCACAGCAGACAAGAUCAGACAUGUUACCGCUCAAUUGUCAAAGCACAUCGAGCAACACAAUUAGUAAUUCGGUGAGCAAUGGUGGUAGUAUGCAAUCAUUGCAAAGCAUCGAUUCGGAUAGUCCAAAUUUAGCGAUGUCACCUUUAUCAACGAUGGGAAUGUCACCGGCAGCAAUGAAUUCAUGUAGUCCAAUGGGAAUGAGUCCUAUGGCGCCUCAUCAUCAUGGUUAUGCUACUCCCGUAACACCGUCCUCCGUACACACGGCUCAUCCACAUAAUGGUGGUCUUAGUCCCAUGAACGAUGUCAAAGCUUUAUGCUAUGGUCGUAGCGUUUAUGAAAGUGGUAAGGACAUGGAACAAAGUUCAAUUUAUUAUCCAAGUCACAGCAGUAUGCAUCAUCAAUAUUAUCAACAGACUCAUCAUCAAAUGAUGUCUAGUACCCAUCACCAUCAUCAUCAUCAUCAUCAUCAGCAGAGUAUGCCAACGGGUUACGAAAUUAUGUUACCACCUCCUCAACAUUCUAUAUGA